AUGUCGAUUGAGGAGGUGGUGAAAGAGCUGGAAAGCCGGCGGCAAUUUGCCGGUGAUCAUCUGUGGAGGCUCAACACUGCCAUCUUCAACUGCGCUGAUGAGAAUGAGGUCACUUCACAGCUAGCUGGCCGAAUUUACCAAGUGGUCAUGCAGAUGCGGAAAGAGUACCAGUCUGGACAGUUCUAUGCCACGGACCAGGGCAACUACCUUGCCCUGCUGGGCACGUUGCAGAACCAGGAUUACUUCUCAACCCGUCAAGCAACGGCUUUCCGUGGCUGGAUCGCCGAAGCUCUUGGUGCGGGCCGGGAGGGUGGCCGAGAGGGCUCGGCCCAGACGUCCAAGGACAAGGAGAGCGGCACCAAUGGCCUGAGCCGGUCAGAAGCGCAAAGACUGCGAAAGCUGGAAGCAAGCAGAGAGGCCUUGGCUGCAGAGCUUCGCCAACUCCGCUCCUUGCGGUCUGCCGUUGAAACCUUUACGUCCUUUGAUGCAACAAAAAGAGGAACCGGAAAGAAGAAGGACAACCAGAAGCAGAACGAGGGUCCAAAGGAUUCACCACAGCCCGUCAUGGAUUCGGGCCGUGGCACACGACGCGAGGAGCGCCGAGAAAGCGUGAAGGCCGAACCACCCGGCUACCAGGUGAGGACGGACAGUGGAUGGAUCAGGUAUGACGACGAGGCUCAGACGGCUCUGCGGGCCGCUGCUGAGAAGGGUCAGCCAGAAUGUGAGAUCUUUGCCCAAGGCCAAUACUACAAGAUCAGCCUCAAGCGAAUGGUGCAGAUCAAUCCUUCCACCGGAAACGAGCGGUCGGUGCGUCUGCAGGGUGAGGCCCCGCGGACUCCCGAGAUGCCAAAGUUGAACUUCAAGCGCCUCAUGGUCGAGUUCAAGCAGCUCGAGGCUUGCAUAGCUGCUGGCCAAGAGCCGAGUUUUCACAGGUGUGAGCCCGUGGAGGACAAUUUGAUG